UUUGUAAAACUAGCGGUUUGCUGAUCCAAACCGAACCGGACCAGACAACGGAUUCCGGUUCAACCGGACCAUAUGUUUAUGAUAAAUACCAAAUCCCAACCGGAAACUAAGACUUAGACCUUUCUUCCCGCAGCUCUACUGUUUCCUCGCCGUCAAUCAACCUCGCCGUUUUCACGUUCUGCGUCGUACCAACACCGUUCCGGGGUUACACAAGCUCUAAGAUUUGACCUGUUUGAAAAGAUGAGAUUGUUAACACACAAUAUGCUAUCUUCAAACAUUAGGGGUGUGGUGAAUGGAUUUCCAUUGCGUAUAGAAGCGGAGAAGGUGCUGGAAAAGAAUGUUGAAAUGAAUAGUGACUUUUUGAAAAAGAUGUUUGAGAAAAUUGAGUGGAAGGCUUUUGUGGAAGCAUCACGGGGAAUGGGAUACACUGAACUACCCGAGGAGGCUGAUUCUUCCAUGCUGGAUUCAGAUGAAUUUCUUAACCGUUUCCAUCAUGCCCUGUUGGAACUUCACCUUGAAGAAGGUGCUCUUGUUUGCCCAGAGACUGGACGGCGCUUCCCUGUCAGAAAGGGCAUUCCUAAUAUGCUUCUUCAUGAGGAUGAGGUCUGAAAUUUUUGUAAUUAGCGAGCAUUGUUGGUAGUGGAAAGAAAUCAACAUCAGUUAGGAUUUGUUAUUUUAAUCAAGUCGAUUCGUUAACAAUUGUUAGUGUGGCUGCCCUGUUGGGCCGAUGCUUGAUGAUUUCACUAUUUCCAACUGCAACUAGAGCAUUAUAGUGUUUGGUUUUUGGUGAGUUUCUGUUAUUAUUCCUUUAAAAUUAAUGUCAACUGUGUUCAUCAUUAUGAUA